GCCAUCGUUGAAGGCGAGCCCCCGGCCAUGCCUGACGAAGGCUACAGCGAUCUGGCAAAGGACUUUGUCAAGCAAUGUCUUCACAAGAUUCCCAAGAUGCGCCCGACGUACGCUCUGCUGCUCAAGCAUCCCUGGAUCCAGUCACUCUCAAAACCCGAGACAAUUGACGAAGUUGCCGAAGAAGGCGACGCCGCAGACAAGGUAGCCGAAGCAGUGGGCCAUAUAGAUCUCAGCUCGGGCACCGAAGAUGCCGAGGUUGCGGAAUGGGUCAAGUCCGUGCUGAAGAGGAACGCUGAAGGGCAGAACGGGAACGGCCCUUCCAAGCCGGCGCUCCAUGCCGCGCCGCUGGACAGCGUCAGCCCACUCGGAAGUCCUAUGCUCCACCAAGGCCGAUGA